CAGAAUAAAUAAUAGUACUGGCAAAAGUCCGUUGGCUGUUUUUGGUGAAUAGAGAAGCGGAGACAGACAGAGAGAGAGAGAGAUUGCAAAAUCCUCCGCACGUUAUCUCUAUAUGCCGUUUCUCUGCAAUUCCCAAUGGAUUCCAAUGGCCCAGCGUCCGCUAAUAGCCCUCCACCAAAACCCUGGGAGCGGGCAGGUUCCUCAUCCAGCCCUGCACCUUUUAAACCCCCAUCAGCUGGCAGCACGAGUGAUGUAGUUGAGGCUUCAGGAACUGCAAAACCUGGAGAAAUAGUUCCUAGUACUGGUCAAAAUGCGGCUAUUAACAGGAAUGCCCUUGGCAGGCCUGUUCCCACGAGGCCUUGGGAGCAGAGUUAUGGGAACAGCAAUUAUGGAGGUUAUGGCUCUGCAAUGGGCGGCUACAACUCUAGCUAUGGUUCUGGAAUGUAUGGUUCAUAUGGUAGUGCGGGGGGGAUGUAUGGUGGGGGGAUGUAUGGUAAUAACAUGUAUAGGGGAGGUUAUGGUGGGCUUUAUGGAUCUUCUGGCAUGUAUGGAGGUGGAAUGUAUAAUAGUGGUCUUGGAGGCUCGAUGGGUGGUUAUGGAAUGGGUAUGGGUGGGCCUUAUGGAGUUGAAGAUCCAAAUAAUCCUUAUGGUGCUCCUCCAUCUCCUCCGGGGUUUUGGAUUUCGGUUCUUCGGGUGAUGCAGGGUGUGGUAAACUUUUUUGGUAGGAUAUCGAUUCUCAUAGACCAGAAUACACAGGCCUUUCACAUGUUCAUGACUGCAAUGCUUCAGCUUUUUGAUCGCUCUGGUGUAUUAUACGGAGAGUUAGCUAGAUUUGUGUUCAGGAUUCUUGGCAUUAGAACGAAGCCGAAGAAGAUUCACCCGCCAGGCCCCCCCAAUGGUCUUCCAUUUCCUGGACCUCACAAUCCCCAUGCAAAUCAGAACUACAUCGAGGAAGCAAAGGCUGUUCCAAGUGGUUCUUGGGACAAUGUGUGGGGAAAUGAUGCGGGCAACUGAUGCAAUGUUAGUCUUCUGCGGGCACCAAGUGAAUCCUGCUAAAAGAGUUUGAGAUGAAGCGACGUCUCUCUGUUCACCUAUAUGAACUGGAGGAGAUGAUAUACAGUGUUAAGAGUCCUGGAGUCAUCGUAUCUCCUUGGUAUGUUUGGGUUUGUGGUUCAUUGGAUAGACAGGCUGUUUAUAGUAACGAGGCAAGUGAUAAGCUGUGUUAUCUUUCAUUGAAGAUUGAAAAUUGAAAUAUUGGCCAUAAGUUGUUUCGGAUGCA